AACGUCCGUGGUAUUCGCGCUAUGUCUCUUGAACCUGUUCUUCAGGCUCAAUUCGACAAGGCCGCUUCAGCAGUGCUCUUUCCACUGGUGUACGCGGUGCAUUCGUCGAGGGGUGUUCUUACUGGUGUAGCCAGUGCUCUCAUCUACUUGGCCGAAGCGCUUCUCUUCUACGUCGGCGCUGUCCUCAUCGCUAAGGGCACAUACACAUACCUCCAAAUGUGCCAAGUCCUCAACCUCGUCGUGUUCACCGUCUCCAUUGGCUCCCAACUCAUUCCUGUCCUCGUCACGCACGAUCUUCACGAGCUCAUCAAACUAGACACAACCUGCAGCUCCGAGUCUCAGGGUAUCCUCCGCCCUAGGGUGGAAGGCAAUCUCGUCUUCAACAACGUAUCAUUCUCUUACCCCACCAACCUUGAUGUAUCCGUCCUGAACAAGAUGUUCUUGCGCAUCGCAGAUGGAGAAUGUGUUGCCAUCGUAGGCGCUUCUGGAUGUGGCAAAUCAACUGUCGCAUCCCUCCUCCAACGGCUCUAUGAACCCACCUAUGGCAUGAUCUCAGUAGGCCUCAACGAGCUCCGCGCGACAGAUAUCAACCACCUCCGUGACCACGUCGUCGUCAGCCAAUUUCUCAACCUCUUCGACGCCAGCAUCCGUGAAAACAUCGCAUACGGACGAGCAGGCGAGGAUAUCGGGAUGAGCGACGCAGACGUCGAAAGGGCAGCACGUGCUGCAAACGUCCAUGACUUCAUCAUGUCGUUACCACAAGGGUAUGACACCCUCAUAGGGGAGAACGCAUCUCUAGUCUCGGGUGGUCAAGCCCAGCGCCUCCAAAUCGCUCGCGCACUCGCACGCCCAGCCAAGAUUCUCAUUCUAAACGAAUGUACCUCAACGCUGGAUGGUGCGAACCAGACAGCUAUAUUGGAGACAAUACGUGCUGCCAAGGUUGGGAAGACUACUAUCAUGGUGAUGCAUAAGGUGCCUGUGAUGAAGAUAUGUGAUCGGGCGCUUGUUGUUGAAGAUGGGCAGGUGCGCGAGUCAGGGACUUAUGAGAGUUUGAUGGAGCACAAGGGGGUAUUUGCGAGGCUUGCGAAUAGGGGCGAGUGGGUUAGCGAGUAGUCGCUGGCUCGACUCUGAGUUUCUUUCUUUCCUUCUUUCACCCACAUUCACUUUUUUCUUUUUCUUUUUCUUGUUUUCUUUCUUAUUUUCUCUAACGUUAUACCGCGAUAGAUAGCAUUCUCGCUAUUGUUUUUGCUUUCUUUCUUCACUGCUUUAUGACUGGGCGCAUAUGACAUUUUCAUGACUACGCAUUUGUAGUACUACCACAAUCAUUCAUUUGUACUUUAGUUAUUAUCAAGGAAUCUAUAUGUUGUACCAAACCUUGCUUGCAGAGUUUUUUUUGGAUGAUCGACGUAACAGUGCAUCAGGGGAAUGGCCAGUCAUCGGGGGAAUGCAAU